AACUUGAUUGCUAUGCAGAUAUGGUGAGCACCGGAGGAGUAAUAUUCUACCGUUUCAGCAGUGAACGGCGCAUAUGGCGUGAACUGCAAUUAGAUAGCUCUGGAGGGAUCCUGGUGUCCGAUCUAAAAAUAUUAAUCGCACAAGAGACAAGUUUGUCCAAGGAUUUUACAAGGAAAACUAACCUGACGGUAUCUCUAUACGAUGAAAACUCAUCGGAAGAACCAAGACCGUUAGAUGACAAUGUAGUUGUACACGUAGGAAGCCGUGUUCUGCUGAAUCGCGUCGCUUGGGUGCAAGCAACGCCUAUCUACCACGAAGCUAGAACACAGUUUGAGGGUGUAGUAAUAGAGGAAAAACCUAAUUUGCACCCGUUUCCCGUAUCGCUCAUUUGCAAGCUCUGCGGAUCGCCAAUGAACGACCCAGUCCUUAUAAAGUGUUCCGCUAACUGUGGUUACAGCGGAUGCUGCACCUGUUUGGUUUCACAUUUUAAGGAUUUCUUAAUUAAAAAUGAAGAUGACGUAGAUAACAUCUUAUAUACAUUAUCUGAACAUAAACCAUGCCCAUUCUGUAAACGUGGGCUGGUUUCAUGCUUCAUACAUAAUCGACAGAUGGCAUCAGUGCUACUUGAACUGGACUACAGCAAGUUCGACAUACCGUCGUUAAACACAGCGACAAGCGGCUCCGAAACCAAUGAAGCUGGCAGUGCCAGCACCGUGGCAAUGGUAAUCCCAAAACACUUCUUGCUGUGCGUGGACAAUACGUUGCUAGAGGCUAUGCGGGAGCAUAUGCUCCUACCGAUACAUAUAGACAGCCUCCUUGCACCCAAGGGAGAUGCCCAAAGUGAAGCUACAUCCAACACCUAUAAAGAUAUAUCGGUUAUUGUAGUGUCGUACGUUGGUGGUGGCACUUCAUUCAGUGCCAUGGGAGUUGUACGACCGUUGCAGGAAGAUCGCACAAAUCUGGAAUUCAUCAAGUUAGCGAGAGCACACACCGCCAGGAAGUUCAUGUGGCUGCAUAACAAUACCGAGCCACUACUAAUCCCAGCACGACGCCAACCAUUGUUUACCUAUUUUGGUGCCAAGCGAUUUAGCCCAGUGGCACUUAAUAGUACCAACGACGUGAUGUGGAGGUAUCGCAGCGAAGUUAGCAUUGAAGUAGGGCUUAAACGGAAAGCGUUCGAUGCCGCAUUUGAAGCUAUUUUUGGCAUACAAUCUGAAGGGCUCAUGACGAAAGUUGAAAACAACAAUAAAAACUGGCUGGAACUAGCAUUCCCAGAAGGACCAAGUCCGAUGUAUAUAGAUAAACAUGGUAAUGUAUUAACCAAUGGGAAUGACGCUGAUAUUGAUACGGGAAACCCAUAUCUUGGCUAUGCAGCAAUAAUGCCACUGCUAAGUGAAUCACAAUUCCUAAAACUAAGGUAUUUGCAAAGAGCUGCAAAGGAAGGGUUCCUCCAGCAGUUUACAGAACUUAUAGUAAACCAGUUUCCACCCGAGGAGGGUGAGAGCCUGCUAGAGAAGGCAUACACAAACACGUGGAAUCGCCAUGUGGAAUAUGAUAUCGCUACUGUUGAUAAUGCUACAGUCAAACAGGAACAAUAAAUAAAUGUGUAUCAGCUGCAGCAGC